AGCGCGUCAAGCGGCCCAUGAACGCCUUCAUGGUGUGGUCGCGGGGCCAGCGGCGCAAGAUGGCCCAGGAGAACCCCAAGAUGCACAACUCGGAGAUCAGCAAGCGGCUGGGCGCCGAGUGGAAGGUGAUGUCGGAGGCGGAGAAGCGGCCGUUCAUCGACGAGGCCAAGCGGCUGCGCGCGCUGCACAUGAAGGAGCACCCCGACUACAAGUACCGGCCGCGCCGCAAGACCAAGACGCUGCUGCGCAAGGACAAGCUGGCGCUGGCGGCGCUGGGCGCGCGCGGGGACGGCGGCGGGGGCGCGGGCGCGGGCGCGGGGGCCCCCGGCUACGCGCACGUCAACGGCUGGGCGGGCGGCGCCUACCCGGGCUCGGUGGCCGCGGCGGCCGCGGCGGCGGCCAUGAUGCAGGAGGCGCAGCUGUACGCGCCGCACCCCGGGGCGGGGGGCGCGCACGGACACGCGCACGGCCCCGCGCACCCGCACGCGCACCCGCACCCGCACCCCGCGCCGCCCGUGGGCCGCUACGACGUGGGCGCGCUGCAGUACAGCCCGCUGGCCGGCUCGCAGGGCUACGUGGGCGCGGCGCCGGGGGGCUACGCCGGGCUGCCCUACCCCGCGCCCGGGGCGCCCGGGGGGCCGGGGGGGCCGGGGGGGCCCGGCGGCGCGCACCAGAACUCGGCGGCGGUGGCGGCGGCCGCGCUGGGCUCGCUGGUCAAGGCCGAGCCGGGAGGGAGCCCGCCCGCCGCCCCGCACGCGCACCCGCACCCGCACGCGCACCCGCACGCGCGCGCGCCCUGCCCCGGCGACCUGCGGGACAUGAUCAGCAUGUACCUGCCGGCCGGGGACGCCGAGCCCGCGGGCCCCGGGGCGCAGGGCCGCCUGCACGCGCUGCCGCAGCACUACGCGGGCGCGGGCGUCAACGGCACCGUGCCGCUCACGCACAUCUAGGCUCGGACCCGGGGCCGGCGCCGGCGCCGGGGCGCGC